GUAAAGUUUUUUAUUUGCUUCAAUACUGAUGACUCUAAAAGUCACCUGAUGUUAUUUGGUUUGCAUCAUGUUAUUUUAAAAAAACGUCUAGAAGAGGCUAUAAAAUAGUAAUCUACAAUCGUUUUUUGGCAGAUGGAACAGAGCAGAAAUUUCACUUGUGAAGCUAACGAGACUGGAUUGGGUGUGAAAGUCCUAGCUGAGGAAAGCAUUAAGGUUUCAACUGGAGAAGAACCAAGGGGUGUUCAAAGUCCUGACAACAACAUCGAGAAAUACCAAUGUCAAAGCGAACAUCAAUUUUCUCCUGAUGCAGGGACUAAAACUGAAGGGUUUAAAGGAGAAUCGAGAACCCCCGGGUGCGAUGAGCCUCAUCCCGAUGAAGAGGCUGGAAUAACGCCUCAUUCUGAUAACGAGUCUCACUACGACAGAGGCUGGGCCUGGGUAGUCUGUGCUACAGCAGCUUUGAUGGAGUUCUUCGUUGGUGGAAUGAUAACAAGUUCCGGAGUGAUCUAUGCGGCUUUAAUUGAAGAAUUCGACAAAUCAAGGGUAGAUACAGCCUGGGUGAGCGCCUUAGCUGUUUCCACGUACUACGGCUUCUUCCCACUCGGCACCGUCCUUAGUGAGCGCUUUGGAUGCUGGGUAGUUGCCUUAGUUGGUUGCCUGGCCUGCUCUAUCGGUUUGCUUAGCUCCUCUUUUGCCACCAGUUUCCCAUUACUGUACUUCACCUACAGCUUGCUUUGGGGCCUGGGCGCCUCUUUGGUCUACUUCGCAAACCUCUUGAUACUCACCAAGUACUUCAAAGCGAGGCUUGCAUUCGCUAAUGGACUCAUAGCCCUUGGUGGUGCUAUCGGUGGAAGUGUAUUGAGUCCCAGGAUCCAACAGAUGUUUAUUCACAUUGGACUAGCAAAUAUGUUUCGCGUGCUUGCGGGCGCUUAUCUUCUCCUUUCUGCAUUUUCAGUUGUCUACCGCCCGAGGCGUAGUGUUUUGCCUCAACUCAGUAACGUCAUAACCGCGCAUGUCGAGAAGAGGCGUCUUUUUGACUGGGGAAUUUUAAAAAACAAAGCAUUCUUGAUGUGGAUCGUGGUUGUUUCCAUCUUCAUGCUUGGAUACAUGGUCCCCUUUGUACAUCUGGUGCGCCUUGCUGAGGACAUUGGAAUCGACAAGACGCGAGCCUCUCUUCUUUUAACAUUCGUGACAGUUGGAUCGGCACUUGGUCGUGUCAUCUUCGGGCGCAUAUCGGAUAUCCGUCGCUUCAAUCGCAUGUACAUCGUUCAGUUGGCGUUCUUGGUCAUAGGAUUGAGCAACUUUGUCGUAACGGUCACUAAAUCCUAUCUCAUCUUAGCUAUGAAUGCGUUUACAUUUGGAUUAUUUGCCGGAGCUUACCUGAUCCUCAAUCCUGUGAUAGUAUGUGACAUUCUUGGUCCGAACAAAGUGUCGUACGGCUUAGGAAUGUCUUUCUUCUUGCUUUCUAUACCUCGCACAGUAGGACCGCUGAUCGCCGGGAGAAUAUUUGACGGCCUGCAAAGCUAUGCAUUUGCUUUCUACAUCCUUGGAGGCACGACUUGUCUAUCAGCCUUCUUGGCUAGCUUUGUUUCAAUCUUGAUUCAAAGAAAAGUCGACGUUAAAAGUGAGGGUUGUAAAAACAAUGAAUCUUCGGCAGAACCUGACUUCUGUCAUAAAUAGAACGACUACCCAAUUUUCUG